AUGUCGGCAGAUGCACAAGCUGAGAAAAGGCGUCUUUUGCGGGAAAAAAGACAGCAAAAGUUUGGAAAUGGAGGAGGAUCGUCAAGAUUAGCGAAAAUUACGGGCCAAACCGACAACAGUUUUCUGUCUACAGAUUCACCAUUGGAUUCGAAAAGUACAACACCCACACCAACUCCAGCUCAUGUGGAAGAUGCCGGGAACAAGGAUUCAACGAAGGAAAUGGACGAGUUACUUGCUCGUGUUGCCCAAAGUGAACCCAGAACUGGUAAAAUAGCGAACCAAAACCAAACAUCUGCAAAAAAUCCAGAACUGGACUUAUUUGCGCAGCUUGCCAAGAUGCAAUCGGGGGAGUCUGGUAGCCCCGGUGCAACCCCUGAAACACCCGAUAUUUUCGCUCAAUUGAUGAAAUCCAUGCAAUCUGACUCACAACAAGGCCCACAAGACGCUGGAGACUUCCCAUUCGGAAAUGUUCAGCCACCAAUUGAUGCCGCUGUGCUGGCAGCACACAAUGCCUCUAUCAACAAACUCAAGGCUUACACCAUUAUCGUCAAAUGGUUAUUUUUCAUCCUGCCUUACGUCUACUACACAGCACGCUCGGCUCGCGACAAGUUCCAAUCCAGUACUUUGGAGGCUGUUACUCAAAAGUUCAGCUUCUUCACGAUAUUCACGACUUUUGAAAUUUUGACUAUCUCCGUCUACUACCAGCUUUUACUUUCUGCUGAAAAGUCUCAUCACAUCAACACUUUGAACAGCAACAGUAAGAUUAUGAGCCUAGUGUCCAUGAUUCCUCCAGGAUUGAUACCUAUCAAAAACUUGCAUGGAAAAAUCUCACAGACAUUGCAAUAUUGGGACGUGCUUUCAAUGUAUCUAACCGAUCUGGCCUUCACCAUCCUGCUUAUUGGCAUUUUCCAGUACAAAUGGUUUUCUUAG